GACAGAACGAUCAACAUUGUGAAGAAUACAGAUAUAGAGGAAAUUAUCAGGCUUCAGGACUGGAAACCUCGACGUGUCUGUUGUACCACCUCUGGCGAGUUGCUGAUCAUCAUGGAAGAUAAUGAAAAGCACUCAAAAAUUGUUCGAUACUUUGGCUCAACAGAAAAACAAUCUAUUCAAUUUGAUGAUGAAGGAAAUGCUCUCUUCUCCACUAGUGGUUCUGCGAAAUACAGUAUAACCCUAGUUAUUGACCCUCGUACCAGUGCCCAGGAUUUAGUGCCAUGUGACCUGAGUGAGACUGCUAUAGAACAGGUGCACUGUGAUACAUGUCUGGUCAACCUAUGUAGGGCCUGUGUGGGAGAUCACAUCUCAACUGAUGAAACCAAGGAUCACAGAGUGGAAGCCUACAACCUAGCAAAACAAGGAGAGGAAUCGCACAAACAAAUUGACCAACUUGUCAAAAAACUUAAUAAAGCUAAGGCCUUGCAUUUACAAACGUUACAGAGACAUCUCGAUGAAAUUGGCAUGAAAAUUGUUAAUAUCAAAGAUGACAUUGAUUCUCUUGCUAAAGCUGCAGACUCUAAUGACAUUUCAACACCGUUCAGUGUCAGAUCCAAGGUAGAUAGAUAUAAGAAACUUCCACAACAGCCUGUUUUGCCUGUACCAAAAUUUACUCCAGGGACAAUAUUAAUUCAAGGGGGAGAACUUUGUGAACUAUUUGGGGCUUUAUCAUCAAUUUUUUUUCAAUCAGGAGAUGAUGCAUCUGGUUAUUCUGGAAAUACGGCCUCAAGAUACACUGAAAGUGUUGUCCUAUACUUCCCUGGAAGUUUAAUCUCAGACUAUCCUACAAAUCCCUCCGUAGGGUACCCUGGAAAUGUUGCCUCAAGCUUCCCAGGAUAUGUUGCCUCAAGCUUCCUUGGAAAUGUUGCCUCAAGCUUUACAGGAAAUGUUGCUUCAAGCUUCUCAGGAAAUGUUGCUUUAGACUUUCCUGGAAACGGUGCACUAGGCGACUCUAGAAAUAUUAUCUUAGAUUACUUUAGAAAUCCUACUGUAGGCUUUCCUAGAAAUGUUGCCUCAGUUGCCUCAGACUACAUCAGAGAUAUUGCUUUAAACUACCCUCGAACUUCAAACUACCCUGGAAAUGUUACCUGUUUGGGAAACGAGAUGACUUGGUUAAGUGUAAAUAGCGACAUCAUAACACUCUAUCGUUUCAAUCAUGGCUUACAAGUCAAGACAAUAAAAACAAAGCCAGGAAACAACCCGGGAGACAUAGUAGUCACAAAUAGUGGCGAUCUUGUUUACACUGAUCACAGAGAUGGAUCUGUCAAUAUUGUAAACAAUUGGGGCAUAAAGGAAAUGAUCAUACUACAGUAUUGGAGAUCUCACGGAGUCUGUAGCAUCUCCUCUCGUGACCUCCUGGUUAUCAUUGAAAGUAAUGAAAACAAACAAGCAAGGGUUGUCCGAUGUUCUACCUCCAAAGAGAUACAAUCCAUACAGUUUGAUGAUGAGAAUAAACCUCUUUAUUCGAGCAGUGCUUCUGAUAAGUACAUAUGUGAAAACAGGAAUCAUGAUAUCUGUUUGGCUGACUGUGGAGCAAAGGCAGUAAUAGUUGUCAGUCAGGCCGGAAAACUAAAGUUUAGAUAUAAUGGACAAACUCCCAUACUACGAAAUAAACAAUUAAUUCCAAAAGGAAACACUACAGACAGUCAGGGAAACAUUCUUACUUGUGAUGAUAACAAUAAAUGUGUCCAUGUGAUAAAUGAAGAUGGAGAUAUUAUACGUUACAUUAGCUGUGAGAGUCUUUACAUACUAUGUGGGUUGUGCACAGAUACAGAUGAUAAUCUGUUCCUUAUUGGUUAUGAACAUAUCUCAUCAAAGUGCAC